AGGUAAAAUUGUUGUCUGUCAAGCCGUGUGUCUCUCCGUGCUCACACCGUGAGGAUUCUCUCUCCCCCUCUCCCUCUCUCUCUCUCUGAUAUUUACCACAGUGCCGCCUCGCAACGCGCAACGCCGUUUGCGUCGUAGUUCAGCGCAUGGCAAGGGCAUCACAAACGGCUAGGGAGGACGAUUUGUUCCUCCGUUUGCAGAGAAUAGCAAAUUAAAUCAGGAGGGACUCCCGAGGCGGUGCGAUGGUUUGACAUUUUAGAAAAGGAAUAGCCUUCUCUUUUUUUUUUUUUUUUUUUUUGACCAACGUGGGCGCAUACAGACGGAUGGGAGUUCGAGAUGCCAACCAGCAAGCUAGGGGCAUUCGAGGGGAUGGAGACUUUAAAUAUGAGUGGUCUGGACCUACUUUGAUGAAAUAUUUUUGAAACGACAAAUAAUUUACCUUUCCUUACCAGGGUGGAGGUGUGGCAACGCCGCAUGUCCGAUCGGCUUUCUGUGGCACAUGGAUGGAUGAGUUUUGUGCGAAAGGACAAGAGUCUAUGUAACUUUAUAUAGGUCACCCCGCAUAAUAUCAACAAACUCAUAUCUCCUUUAAGUAGCAGACUUGACGUGCGCUCUCGUGGAACUCGGAGAGUCACCCAGGUGCGCUCCAAGUUUCAUUUAGGACACACCGGCGGUACCUGCGGGACAUAGAGCACGGUUAGGACUUGAAGGCAGCGUUGGGCUGUGGGCCAGUGAUGCCGGACACAUUCACACUCAUAAAGAACCGGACAGAGCCACGGCUGGGGCAGCUAGAGCGCACACUGGCCACGGAGGGGAGUGCCCGCCCCGCCUGGGUCAUAGGAAUCCUGGCCAGCGUGUUGAUCUUCACCACCGUGGUGGACGUGCUGGGGAAUCUGCUGGUGAUCAUCUCGGUGUUCAGGAACCGCAAGCUGAGGAACUCGGGUAAUGUGUUUGUGGUGAGUUUGGCAUUUGCUGACCUUGUGGUAGCCUUUUACCCCUACCCCUUGGUUCUCUACGCCCUCUUCCAUGAUGGAUGGGCACUGGGGAACACACAAUGCAUGGUCAGUGGUUUCCUGAUGGGGCUGAGCGUUAUCGGUUCCAUUUUCAACAUCACUGGGAUUGCAGUGAACAGAUACUGCUACAUCUGUCACUCAUUCUCCUACAGUCGGCUGUACAGCUAUCGCAACACUCUGCUGUUUGUUGCCUUAAUUUGGGUGCUAACAGUAGUGGCCAUUAUCCCCAAUUUCUUCGUUGGUUCCCUGCGCUACGAUCCACGGGUCUACUCCUGCACCUUUGCCCAGAAUGUCAGCAGUUCCUACACAGUGGCAGUUGUCGUGGUUCACUUCUUGGUUCCAAUUGCAGUGGUUACCUACUGUUAUCUACGCAUCUGGGUGCUUGUGAUUCAGGUGCGACGUAAAGUGAAGACAGAGGAGAGCCCUCGCCUCAAACCAAGUGACUUGCGGAAUUUCAUUACCAUGUUUGUGGUCUUCGUGUUGUUCGCCAUCUGUUGGGCUCCACUAAACCUGAUUGGCUUGGCGGUGGCAAUCGAUCCGUCCCGCGUGGCCCCCCGUAUCCCUGAGUGGCUCUUUGUGGUCAGUUACUUCAUGGCCUACUUCAAUAGCUGUCUGAAUGCCAUCAUCUAUGGCUUACUCAACAGGAAUUUCAGGAACGAGUACAAACGCAUUGUCACCUCCGUCUGGGUGACUCGGCUUUUUGUGACAGAGACUUCGCGAGCCGCCACGGACGGCAGGAGCAUGAGGAGCAAGCAGUCUCCACCUCCACCACUCAACAACAACGAGUCAGUCAGAGAUCGCACAAACAAAGAAUAAAAUCUGGAUCCUAAAGCCUGUUAAAUGGUAUAUCCUGUUUUUAUGUGACAUUCAGACGGUUGUGCAGCUAAAGAGUAUCAAGUAACAAAUGAAACUGGAAUACAUGGCUUGGUUUUCUGUUGGCUGACAUCUGUUUACAUCUGUGGAUUUUGUGUAAAGUUGUGAAGAAUAAUACACAUAAUGAGUUAUUUAAAGUUUGGAGGAUCAACAACCUGCUGCUAAAGUGCUAAAUAAGGACAAGUUUCCUCUGUGAUUCUCAACCAUUAAGCACUAACAGAGCAAAUAUUUUAGAGAUGUUCUUACGUCGAGGGAGAGCUGAGCCAUGCAUUGCAGUUUCUAUUUUGCAGUUACUCUAAAAACAAUCUGAAUGGUACAUUAAUAUUUCAUGAAAAAUGUAAUAUCCUUUAAUGUCUGCUGCUGUAAACUCUUAGACAUAUUUCAUGAAACUGGGUAACCACUGGUAAACAAACACCUCUCUUUAGUAACUUCAAAAGCCUCAAACAGUUCAACUCGCCUCAACUGAAUGCUACAUUAGUAGCAAGUGUCUACAAUAUAUAAUAUCGGUCUGAUGGGGUUUGACAGUAAUGUGGUCAGAAUUGCACACUUACAUGUGGCAGUAGCAUAUACUUCAUGCUGUCAGCUCUGACCGUUGUGCACUGCAAAGAACAACAAACAAAAACUUAGUAAUGAACAUAAUAAGUUAAUUCAGGAAAUUAAGUCACUCAUGGACACAAAGCAAGUCGUGAGCAAAACUUGCAACAAAUCAUAUAUGACGUGCCAGUUAACAUGGCUGUUUUCAUUUUUAAAAGUCCCCUCCGAAAAGAAAUUAAAAAAUGGUGCAUGUGAUGUAGCAGUUGGAGGACACCUUGAUAUCUACUAUUGCUGCUGUAUACGGGAUUCUGCAUAACACCUAUACCGCUGCAGCGGUUCGAUCAUUAUAACUUUAUUGCAAUAUCAAUUGAUAGGAUAGGUCAGUAUAGGCUGCAUGUAAAGCCACCAUUGAUAUUGUCUUUUAAAUAAAAAACACUUUAAACAGUGAGAGUACAAUGAGAAAAGAGGCAAAAAAAAUAACUAGCCUAUUUCCAGCAAGGCUAAAUGUUAAUUUGAUAGCGAUUUGAAGUUAUUCUUUAAAAAAGUGCUUUUGUUCCCCAGAUGUUUUCCUGAUUUUCUGUCGGGGUACAACAAGAGUUUUAUACAGUGCACAAAAACAAUCUCAACAUACAGUCUACUGUACUGCUCUUUGCAGAUGUUUCACCAUAUAUGUAAAUAGCACUUUAUAGGGUUACACUAUAUACAAUACAAUACAUAAACAAUAUAUAGAAGUAUUUCAACAACAAUAGUUUCUCACUAUAAAUAAAACACUGUGGACACAGGGCUAUCCAGACAGGGUAACAAAAUAAAAUAAAAUAAAUUACUGUAAACCUACAACCAAUUACUUAAAUAUUUCCAUCCAUUAUUUCCACUAAUCCACAAACUACUCAGCAGUAUAUAAAAGUAGUUGAAAUUACAAUAUCUCCCUCUUUACCAGCUGCAAAAUUCUAGUUAUCCAAUAAUAUCCAUUCUACUUUCUGUCAUCACCAGCUGCCACUGGGUCGGAUCUCGGAUUCCCCUUGAAAUCAGACUAAACAAGGUGGUAGAGACACUACCGUGUCUGUCCACAGGGGGCACCAGAAUCAGCAGUACAAGGAACACAAAAUGAAAGUUCCUUGUACUGCUUAAAAGUCCAGUGUGUAGGAUGUGGUGGCAUCUAGCACUGUAGUUGCAGAGUGAAACUCGCUCAUUUCACUCUCCCCUUCCAAAAGCAAAGGAAAAACUAUGUUAGCUGUAAAAAAUGUAACGCCCCUAUCUAGAGCCGAUGUUUGGCUUGUCCCUUCUGAGCUACUGUAGAGACAUGGCAGUUCAACAUAGUGGACCCAAUGGAAGGAAGUCUGUAGAUAUAAAAGGCUCAUUCUGAGGUAACAAAAACACAAUUCUUGUUUUCAUUAUACACUAAUGAAAACAUACCUAUGAAUAUUAUAUUCCAUUUCUGCAAAUAGAGCCUCUUAAAUGUUACCUUUACGUAAAAUAUGUGAGCAUUUCUUCCACCACUGCAACCAACAGUGCAGAACAGUAUGAUAGUCAGGCUUCACACAGGGAGAACAACUCCAUACACUGAUGUCAGCAUAUUGACUAAAUCUCAAUGCAAAAAGUUGUUCGAUUUCACCAAAUAGCCAAGUGCAACAGCAUGGAUGAUUCUUUAUGCACACUAACACUUUGCUAUGCAAUUCAAAACACAGUGGUUGUCACGAUUCAAGACUUCCAACAUCAGUUGCAUCUAAAAAUCAUAUCCAGUUAAAACUGAGAUAGUCCCUCACCUUAGUACAUCCAUAUUUAAACAAGAUGUCUUACCGAUUUACUAUAAAAGAUGCUGCUCCUCAGGCCUCAAAAUAUCAAAAGGACUCAGAUACACAAGUUCAGGAUGUUCUCCUUCUGUCUGUGUCAGAAAAGCUCCAGCCUCUAGAAAAAGGAAGAGCAAAAAACAUUUACUGAAUGUGCAGUAAGCAAUAUAGAAAAGGUUUCUCUGCCUCCUACAUCAUAUGCAGUAUGUGGUAGUUUUAUGCAGUGGGGAUUAUUAUUCUUCAUUCUGAAAUACUUAUGCAAAUUUUAGCUUUUCAUUUCAUAGGUAUUUUAAUGUAGUUCAUUUGUUUUAUAAUAAAAAAAAAAACUCACCAGGGACACAUUUUAAAGCUUUCACUGUGGAAAAACAAACAAAAACAACAAGAGCACAUUAGGAGAAGUGUUAGGAGUUGUAAGGUCACUUGGUCACAUUUAAUUUGACAGAAGAGUGACAUCCAUUACCUCUUAACUGAAUUGUGUUUUCGAAAGAUGUAGAUUGUUGAGAAGGUACAGCUCAUAUCCGUAUUCCCAUCUCAGGGUGCCUACCAAACCCUUUUGUUGUUAUCCGAAACAUGCAGUUUAUUAGCUGCUACAUAAGGGAGUCUGAAGACAUUUUAAAGGGAUAUUUUGUAAAUUAGUGUCAGUGUGGUUUUUAACUGUGGUAUAUUGUUAUUGGAGAUGUAUUCAAGAUGUGUUUUUUAAAUAUAUCUAAAGCUCAAUAACCCCACGCAAUGAACAGUCUAUUAUUGGAUAAUGCUUAACCUAUUCCACAAACUCAACUACAGUUACAAAGUACAAAAACCCUCUUGCUUAAUUGGCAUGUACAUUGCGUCACUACAAAUACAUUUGUUUUUCAGUGUGAAGUGAUGGAAUCAACUUCUAAUUGCACAAAUCAAACAUCUGUGAAAGGCAAAACAAGUUCCUCAUACUAAUUCUAAUGUUUCCUUUCACAUUUAAAUUCAUAUUGCAACACAUUUGUGUGUUCUUAUACAGGGUAAAAAUGUGCAAAGCCAUAGAUCAAGAAUGGUAACAGAUGCAAAGCUCAAAGUCGUACUAUAAAUAUUCAUAGGACAAGACAGAUGCGAGAGCACUGCAAGCAGAGGAUGAACAUUUGGAAGCAAACAAUGACAUUUGUGGUACAGAGGAGGAUAGAAAACAGGGGUAUAUUACGUUUUUGUUGAAGAGACAGGAUUUAGAUAAAUAUACAGAGUGACAACGCUGUCCUGAAAACAGAGGUGAGAAGGUCAUUCCACCUUUGGGGAAGAAGGAGUGUGUCCAGGUCGCCGCAGGGUAGAGUGAGCUCAACAGCAACAAAAAAAAAAAACGAGUGAUGUUUUUUGGUAUGGAGAAAACUAAUGCUCAAACAUCCGGAGAGUGUUUUAGAUGCACUGGGAGGGAGGCAAAGACUUCAAUUUAAACCAAAGAAAUGGGCAAAGCUGAAGGGGGUUACAUGUACAUACCCUUUGUUAAGUUAUUGCUGGGGGAAAUCUUUAAAAAAACACCUUGGGUCCUUUUAGGUUUUUUUUCAUUCAAAAGUACUGCCUUACACUUAAUACAAUAGUGUCAAAUUUUAAAUAUUAUGGCAAGUGCCAUAUUUUUUAUCAAACACAAACCCAUUCAGUUUACCUCCAUAUUUCUUUUUAUGUAUUCAGGACCAUCGUAUAUAGAAAGUUUUUGCUGCAGUUCUGCGUAGAAUUUCACACGCAGGCCUCAGGCAGGAGACUGCCGAAACAGAAGAACAAAUAUUAUCUUUUUCUCAUUUGUGUUUUCUUUCUAUAUACCCUACAGCACAAUUAUGUAACUAUGUUCAUUUAUGUUCCCUAUGCUCACCCUUAACUUGGGCCUUUUCUCCAUGCAAACAAAUAUGACACCUUGCCUGCCAGCAAAGGAUAGAUUCAUUGUUUUCCAACCUGCAUGUAAUUGAAAUGUUGUUUCCCAUCAGUUUUUUUUUUUAAACCAACCACUCUGCAAUUUCUCACUGGGCUUCUUACACAGUCAAAUAAAGUAAUUAUUUAGUCCUUCAAAUCCUACAAUGAUGAAUCUUGUUUAAAGAAAGCCAGCUAUAUUAAAAUUAUUAACAAAAUACAAUCUACUAUUUUUAUUCCUUCCAGCUUUUGGAUGCAGCCAAAGUAAAUAAAACCUGAUAGAAGGCGUAGUUUGAGACAUUUGCUGUCUCUACGAUAAUUAUCCUGCUGUUCGGUUGCCAUGCCGGAGGGUGUUUACACCAGGUGACGCUCGUGCUAUGUGUGAUUAUACCCGAGGAGAAACAACAUUUUAAGUUCUGAGUCAAAAACCUGUGAAUCUUAUGUUUAUUUUUUAUCAUUAAGUGUGAACUGAAAAAGCUACAUAUGGUGUAAAUACAAUAAAAAAUAAACACACAGGGAAGUAAACAGUGAAGGUUAUCAAAAUGUUUUUUCUUUCGAAGAUGAAAGCUACGGUUUCUAUGUGCUACUAAUCCCUUUGAGUGCUGUAGUCAAUGAGGCGAUGCACUCAAAGUCCUGAAUUAUGCUGUUGGAGUCCCUCUUGCACUCUCCCCAACCACUGCGCACAAUCUUCAUGCAGGGUUGACAUUUUCUUAAAAGAGACAUUCCCUGUUAUUUCUCAGUUUCUGACUUUUCUUUUCUACCAUGUGCUCUCUGUUUUGGAGAAAAAGCAGCACGAGCGCAGCAGCCACUUUACAUUUAAAAAGGUUACUACGGUAUUCAAUAUCUACUAUAAACACAGAUGCUUCAUUUGACUCUUUUUAACGGAUGCAGUUUGCAAUGACUGAGGGUGACGAGAUAUUUCUAAAUCAUAGAAACUAGAUGAGAUCAGAAUUUAAUAAAUAAAUAAAUAAAUAAAAUUUGUCAAGUGAAUUGGGGUGGCAUUGAGAUGUGUGAUAUGUUAAUGAAGGCUGUUGCUCAUGAAGGCGAUAGUAUGAUUUGAAAUACAACAUAGCUUUUUCAUCAAUGUAGAAACCUGGCAACCUCAUAGGCAGGUAUAAGCAGAUAAUUUUAAUAUUUUCCUCUGCACACCUGCCAGCUCUGAGUUAAAUGCCUGCAUGGCACAACUCCGACUAGAAGCCUCAUAUCGUUUUUAUAGCCUGAGGGAUGUAGGCACAUGAUUUACAUGUGGCAGCUCUGAAGCCUCACUGACUGUUCCCUUCCUUUAUGUUCAUCUGGACAUGCUCACUAUACAGAGCCCAGUUUGUUUUGUGUCAUUAAUGGAUUAUGUAACAGCAUGACAACAUCAACUCAAAGCUUAAGACAGAAUAGGAUGCAACACUGAUUAAAUUAUGCGCAGGGUACCUGCACUGUGAUGGAAAAUAAAACGAUAAGCCUUGGGAACAUAAUUGAAUGCACUUACAGUGUACUGUCAUAUGAUGUACGAUAAUGAGCUGCAGAAAAGCUGAAACAUAGUUGUAUAUGCAUCUCCUGUAGUGUUCACAAGUAAGAAACCAAUCAAACUGUGACUAUGAAAACAUUUAUGAAACAACGUUUGCAAAGCACAAAUCCUUUUCACCUGAUAAAUAUUUACAUUCAGUGGCCACUUCUUAAUUUGGCUGCAGCUCAUUAGAAGUAGGCAGGAUCUCUCUGCCUGUGGCCUGAAUUCUUUGAGGCACGAAUUAAUCAAAAGUUGGAAAUGUUACACAAAAAUUCCUGUUCAUGCUGUAAUUUUUUAUUUGUUUUUUGUUUUUAUUUUUUUGGGGGGGGUGUAAAGAGGCACCAGAUUAAACAAGACAACGAAAAAUGUAUUUUUAGAACAUGAGCGAGGUGGGAAAUGAGGUGACUGACCACAUUUCAGGUAUUUAGCCAGUCGACUUCUUGUGUCUUUGAAAAAUGUCUUCUGUUCCAGAGGCUGUGUGAAUGUGCAUGCUUGUCUAAUGUUACUUAUGACUGAUGAUCAUUGACACAAAUUCACCAACAGGUGCAGGCCGCGAUGAGAGGAUGAUCUGAUCUAAAACAUGAACCAAAGGGAAAUCUGUGGAAUGUAAUGGUAAAUUUUAAAACUCGAAAGGCUUGUUUGUGACAGAGUCACAUCAAAAUGAACUGUGUGUAAAAAUAUAUGCAUUAUGUGUACAGUUCUACUGAAACAUGAUGUUAUGGAAAAUAAAAUUGAUAUAUAUCAUA